AGCCAAAAUAUAAAUGUGUUGCCGGAUCAGCUGACUGUCAGUUCGUGUGUGCCAGUGUGUGCUCGUCAAGUCAAAUUGUUCUUGCGCUCGUCAAGCAGCGAGAAGGAGAAGAUCAUGACUAGAUUCAUCAAGACCGUGAACGCCGGCGGCAGGUCGUCGAGGUCUACCUCUUCAGGAUCUAACUCUUCAAAUUCUUCGGUUGACAACAGACGAGCCUUGGUCAAAUGGCUCGAUGGAGCCGACGCUGGCAGCUACAGCCAUGACAUCGAACUUGAUUGUAUUGUGGAGCUUGAUUCCGCGUCUCCAGAGUAUCCAGAGACGUACGCAAUCGAGUGGCGGGUGGGAAAUAAACCCCGCAACGGUUGGCCUGUUCAUGAGGGCUAUGUGAUUGACAUUAGCUCGGACCAAGAUUUUCUUGAAUCCAAGGCCCAGCAGCUAAGGGAAUCUGACGAGUUGAGUAAGCAGUCAGCCAAUGACAGAACCAGUGGCAGUGGAAACAGCACUGGCAGGACUGAGGACAGAACCAGUGGCAGUCGUAACAGCACUGGCAGGACUGAGGAGAGAACCAGUGGCAGUGGAAACUCCACAAGCACCCUAAUUGACAUCAAUUCUGAUGCCUUCAGGAGCCUAAUCCGCUCACUUACGAGUCACAAUUCUGAGGAAUCCACAAGGAGCAGCAGAAGCUCCUCUCCUUCACCCACACCAACCAACAUUCAGCCAAAGGUUCUUGUGGGCAAGAGCCUUUACGUUUCGCCUGAUGCCCACAUGAUGGCAAUGCAUGCACCGUCUCCUGGGAGAAUGAUCAGGCCACUUCUACGCCAGGCCUUCAAGCGAGACAAACUUAUUAAAUCCACCUAUGCUGGCCAGGCUAGGAGAAAGGGCAAUGAAGUGGUGGUAAAACCAGGGUUAAAAAAGUACCAGAAGAUGGCUGACAUUCAUGCAUGCGUUUUGAAAAGGUUCCCUCACCUGUCCCAAUCUGCCUUCGGUGCUGCUGUAAACAGUUUCUUGGGCGAGGGCCCCAAUGCUAUCCACCACAUCGAGUAUCGGGACGUAACUGAUGAUGAGGAAGAGAUGGAGUGACUGUCUGUCCUUCCAUGGAGAAGAGAGAAGUGUGAAGACUGAAGCCAUCUUUUAUUUUUAUUUUUCUAUAUGUCAAGCAGUGGAAGUUAUGAAGUCUGGUCUUGAAUGAAAUAAAGUUUCUUUUACAAACAA